UGGCUUAUUAAAAAGCACAUGUUUACAUUUUCUCAGACUCAAAAAAUCAGACUCAAAAGUCAGACUGCAAUGCAAAUAUUCAAAUGAAAUCUCAGUUUUGAAAUUUUGAAAUAGAGUAUUUAAAACAACGAGGAUAGUUAACUGUUAAGCUAAUCGACCUGUGCUUUCGGUGAUUCAAUUUACUUUUAUCAAGAUGUUUCAACAAUUUUGGGAUAUACUCCAAUCUUUGGUUCCCUAUGAAACUGACCCUGGCUUUAGUGAAGACUUGCUAGAAGUUCUGUUUGAGGAUGAUGGAUCUCACUAUGAAACGGAGAGAAUUAGUGGCACUGUGACCACGUUGCGAGAGAACCAAACUUUAGCAAUAAUCAAUCAUGAUGUUUACAUGGAUUUGUCAGUUCCCAUUCCCGGUGGAAAGAAGCUUCGCCUGAAUGACUUCAUUGUUGCUGUGGUGAAGAGACGCUGUGAGAAAGAUGAUGCAUGGAGGGUAGAAAGAGUGGAAAUGGUUGAAAGAACUAAUAGCUGGAAGAAUAGAAAAGAUAAUGAAGAUCUUUACGACACACAAGAAGUGCAGCAUUUUCACAAUGGUGGAUGCACUGAUCAGUCUGCUGAACACCUCCAGUCUAAAACAGUUGUUGGGCAAGUCACAAGUGUUUCUAGUAAAGUUAUCAUCAACAAUGGGGAAUUUGAACUCUCUCAAAGUAAUGUUGAUGGCAUUAUCUAUGUUGUUGGAGACUGGAUUACGCUGAAGAUUCUUUUUGAUCCUGAAGAAACUGAAAAAAAGCCAAAAUGCACAAGCGCUGAGCCUUUGAGAAAAUGGAAAUUUGAAGGCAGAAUCAAUAUCUUUCAAGAAGACAAAGGAAUUAUUGAUAAUGACAUUUUUUUUAAUGUGGCAGUAUGCAUGAACGGGUACAAACCCAGUUUGAAAGAUUUCGUUCACGUAACCGCUAUUGAGAGCAACGCUGGUGGUGAAGAUUUCAUGUGGCGUGCCAUUUCUGUAGUCCCUACCUCCAAUUGUGGACGUUCAACACGAAAUAACGAUUUAUCUUCAACUCGAAUUCUCAAAGAAGCUCGUGAAAUCGCUAUCGACAAAGAAACAAAUUUCGGUUCCAUGGAAAUAGCAACUCAAAAGGAAAUUCGCAUUGAAGUAAUGAACGUCGACUUGUUCGAGCACACAUUGUUAAACGCUAAAUUCCUCAACACGCGAAGCAAUUUCGAAAUAUGCAAUCAAAGUUUCCCCGUCAUCGUACCUGUCAAUGGAAAAGUCUACAUUGAGAUAUUCUUCAAGGCCACUACUAUGGGGAAAAUGGAUGACGUGUUGGAAUUGGACUUUGGGAAAUUCAUCGUUGAACGAACCGUGAGUGCAGAGGUCCGAGGAAUAGAAAAUGUUGCUGGCGAAAAUUCGGCGGUUCCAUUUCUAACGCGCUUCAAACAGCGGCAGUCAAUCAGUCGUCGACAAGUGAUGGAGGACGAAUCACAUCGAGACUCUAAUUGGGUGAUGAAAGGAAUCCGGCCCUUCAAGCCUCCGCCAUUUACAACCCUGCGAUUGGCCGAGUAUCCAGUUCCGCGCUCUUUAUGGCAAGCGGUUCAGCAGAAAACUGAUUUGGUUGCGAGCAAUACGUCGUUGGGUGAUAUUUUACAGCCAAAGAACUACUGCAUCAAGUUCCAGACACUUUUGCAUCUGGAAGAAAUCGAAACGACCACGCGCUUGCGCGAUUACGACAUUGACAGGGCUUCACUGAAACCAAUGGGUCCUUACUUGGCCCUAGAAGUCAUUGGAUUGUCAGAAAAAAGACCAUCACUUGUUGCAGGUGAUGGAGUAAUACUCUCAAAUCCAUGGGGAGGAGGAGGCUUGUGUUACGAAGGAUUUGUCCACAAAACAUUGAAAUCAGAAGCACUCAUCCAGUUCCAUCCAGACUUUCAUCAAAAAUACGACGGGGAAGACUACGCCGUCCGCUUCGUGUUCAGUCGGACGACGAUGCGGCGCUACCACACGGCAGUCGAAACGUCGGCCAAACACCCUGGAUUCAAAAUUCUGUUUCCCAACGAUCCCGAAGUUCGCCCGCCGCAGUUCAAGUUGCGCAAGACGAGUUCCGUUGCUGAUCGUCUGUUCCAAAAGAAAUCGGAAGAAGAUCAAAUUGACUGGGUUAAUCCUUGUUUAAAUCGCGAGCAACGACGGGCUGUCCUCCGCAUUCUGGAGGGUGUCCAUCGUCCCAUUCCUUACAUCAUUUACGGUCCGCCGGGCACAGGCAAGACGGUGACGGUGGUCGAGGCAAUCUUACAAGUAUUUUUGUUGUGCCCACGCAGCCGCAUUCUCGUUGCCACACCAUCCAAUAGCUCUGCGGAUUUGAUUGCUCAUCGGUUACACGAAAGCGGCCGAGUCAGCGUCGGUGAAUUGGUCCGUUUGAACGCCUUCAGCCGUAAUAUGGACACAAUGUCUGAAGCCAUACAGCAGUACUGUAUGACGUGCGACGAACUUCAAAAGGCUAUUCGCCACCGCAUUCUAGUCACGACGUGCACUACGUCAGGAAAGGUUUACACCAUGUGCCUUCAGAUCGGACAUUUCACUCACCUCUUUAUCGACGAAGCUGGACAGGCCACUGAGCCGGAAACUCUAGUCUCGGUCGGCCUGAUUCGCUGCGAUUCCAAUCCGGGACAGAUCAUUCUAGCCGGAGAUCCUAAGCAGCUGGGACCUGUGUUAAUGAGUCAGCAUUCUUCUUCCUAUGGAUUAAGCCUUUCCUUGCUGGAACGAUUGUCGAACAAUCCGCUCUACUCGCGCAGCAAAUCGUUCGCCGACAGUGGCCACUACAACCCCAAUCUACUGACGAAGCUUGUCCGCAAUUAUCGGUCUCAUCCUUCGCUCCUAACUUUGCCUUCUUUGAUGUUUUAUGAAAAUGAGCUCGUGUCCUGUGCACCAGUGGAGACGGCCGAAAAGAUGGCCCAUUUCAGUUGGUUGCCCAAACCUGGAAUUCCUCUGCUCUUCCACGGCAUCCGCGGUGAAAACUAUCAGGAAACUGACAGUCCCUCUUGGUGCAAUCCGGCUGAGGUCUACCACGUCAUCCGCUACUUGCAGCUGCUCCUCAACGCCAAGGUGGAUCCAAUCAACGUCGGUGUCAUCACACCCUAUCGCAAACAGGUUGAAAAGAUCCGCAGUUUCAUCAAGUCCAACGAUCUAGUCCCGUUCAAAGUGGGCUCUGUCGAAGAGUUCCAAGGCCAAGAGAGGGACGUCAUUAUCGUGAGUACCGUUCGCUCACACGAGUAUUACGUCGAUCAAGACGUCAUCCAGCAUUUGGGAUUCCUCCGCAGUCCCAAGCGAUUCAAUGUCACUGUCACUCGUGCUAAAUCUCUGUUGAUUGUCAUCGGAAAUCCACAUUUACUUGUCCACGAUGAACAUUGGGGUCCAUUCCUCAAACACUGUGCUCAACUAGGCGCUUACACCGGCUGUGAUUUACCUGAUUUGUAAUGAUCAAACAUUAUUGUGUGUGUAAUAAGAAAUACAAUACAAGGAAUAUUUUCAUCAA